AUGGCAGCCAAUGAUGAGGAUAUUAAACUCAUUCCGGGAACGGAUUUUGUAGUUGAUGGAUUUAAAUACAAACAAAAGUAUAAUACCUUCUUUCUGACUCACUUUCACUCUGAUCACUAUGCUGGAUUGGUGAAAACGUGGUCACAUGGAUCAAUUUAUUGUACCAUCCCAACUUGUAAUUUAGUGAAAAAACAAUUUGGGAUUGCUGACAAGUAUCUUAAUGCUUGUGAGUUUAACAAAACAUAUGAGUAUAAAGGUGUCAAGUUUACUUUUCUUGAUGCUAAUCACUGUCCUGGAAGUAGUCUAGUAUUGUUUCAAGUAAGCAAGACUGGAAAAGCCUUUUUACAUACAGGAGAUAUGAGAUUUGACAGAUCCAAGAUAGAUGGAAUUUCUUUGAAGGGAGUGCCAAAAAAACAAUUAGAAUCAAUUUUUAUUGACACAACCUAUUGUGAUCCUUUCUAUACAUUUCCAAAACAAGUCGAAGCAAUUGAUUUCAUUGCUGAUUUACUUGAGAGUAAAUUCAAAAAUACUAGCAAGUCAUAUUUAGUAUUGAUAGGUACAUAUUUAAUUGGUAAAGAAAGAAUUGCAGAAGGUCUUAGUAAGAGAACUGGAAAGAAGGUAUUUGUAACAUUUGAAAAAUACAAAACUUUAGAGUGUUUGGAACUGCCAUACUUUAACAUUUUCACAAUGAAUAUAGCCGAGACAAAUAUCCAUAUUGUAAAUAUGAAGGAUGUGAGUUGGAAGAGACUUUUCCAAAUUAAAUCUUCCAACAGAAAUGUGAGCGAGAUUAUUGCAAUCAAACCUAGUGCAUGGUGCUUUAAAGAUAUGGACAUUCCCAAAAAUGGAAAUAUUACAUUGAUAGAGGUUCCAUACAGUGAACACUCUAGCUUUACAGAAUUGAAAGAUUGUGUAGAAACAUUUAAUUACGAUCAUCUUGUACCAACUGUAUAUAAUGACCCCCACCACAAGGCAAGAAUAAUUGAAAUGCUU